GCGAGCCACGAUAGAAAUCUAAGGCAACGUUUGAAAAUUUUUUUUUUUGGCCUAAAUGGAGGCUAUAUAGCCAAAACACAAAUGAAAUCAGAUUCAAGAAGCGACCGCAGAGAGUUAUGAGCCAGGGGAAUAUACCCUACAAUGGUAAUAUAAUAGAUAAAUAUAAAUAAAAAAAUAUUCAUCUACAUUAAAAAUUCCCAAGUGGUUCUAACUACUUGCUACUUAAGUACUAAUGACAAGUGACAUGAACUAUGUCUAGAAACAACAACCCAAAAAGAGUAUUCAGCUGUGCUCCACAUCCAACCUAGAGCGUUGCAUAAAUGACUCCGACUCCGACUUUGGGGGGCUAUGCAAAAAGCCAAAGAAAAUGAAAAGCACACACGUUGUGGACUGCAGAUUGCGCAAAAGACCUCCGCCGCCGCUGGCGACGCAUCGCUUGGCUGCCUCAACGAAAGCAGCGGGCCACAGAAGCAACAGAAGCCACACGGCUCCGGAUGCCAGCCAGUGCGGAUUAUUAGCGAGCGCCAGUCGCGGGCGCGUCUCAGUCGUUGUUACAAGCGCGCGCAGCUCAAACGCUUCCCAACGCAUCCAACUUGGUGGUGAUUCCUCAUUAUUUAUCGAAUUUUUGUUGUUGUUGUUGUUUGUGGUGCCGAUGAGUGAGUGAGUGAAUCCAGAGACAAGACAAUGAGGAAACGGAAUCUGUGCCUUUGCAGGCUAUUGCCUGUACUCAUGGCAAUCUUGCCCUUGGGCGGGGCCAUUGUGGGGGCUGGACGGGAUCUGCUGCUGACGCCCAGGCGGGGCCAUCAGCUGAAUGGCAAACGCAUUUUCUACGAGGAGGAAAAGGAGCAGGAGGACCUCUUGCGGCGGCGAAAUCCCUCGGAGCUGCGCCAGCGACCCUGGGAGCGAACGCUAAAGCAUGUGACCUAUGUGACACUCUUUACGGAUGCCGCUGUGAACGCAGCUUCGGGAAAUGUAAGCCAGCUGCAUGAGUAUCACGAUUUCUUGCAGACUCCCUACCUGCCGGCGAAUCCUCAAAGCGACGCCCUGGCGGGUUCGCCGUCCUCGCGUUUCGGUGACAUUAUUACCCUGGCCAAGGGCUAUCUGGAGCAGCUGGGAACGGGACAGAGCAAUGCCACCACCUAUCGGUUUGUGGAGGGCGGCACUUGCUUCCAGUUGAAGUGCCAGGCUACUUCCAACCAGCGGCGGCGGGCUCUGUGGCAGGUCCAGCGGAUUCGGCAUCGGGAUGGUGACAGCGGCGGUCGUCCCUUUCACUACGAGAUGAAGUUCAGUGUGACGCCGCUGGAGAGUCAGGCCUGGCAGCCGCACCAGCCGAUGAGUUAUAUUCAAAAGGAAUCCGACUAUCCGGGCAGCUUUGGGCGAUUCACCCGCGAGCCAAGUUUUGCCCAAAGGCGACAGGAUCGCCCGGCGGCGGCGGCGGAGCAGUCGCAGGCCACCUUUGUCCAUGGCAUUUUCCAGCCUGCACCGUCGCUGCCUUUGCCGCCAGCAGUGCCGCCCAAGCUCAAUAUCGGUGAGUAUCUCAAGGGCAGUCCCAAGAUUGAGCUAUUCCCGGGACUUUUUAAUCUGGGGCUGCGUCCGAAUUAUGUGGCGCCCACCACCUAUCGUCCCAAUUAUCCGGCGGUAGAGAGGUUUCCCCACAACAAUGAGUUGUCUGGCGGCAAUGAUGCCACUCCGGGCGGCGUGACUCAUCAUUUCCAUCACCAUUUUUAUGUGGCCCCCGGAACAGGGGAUUCCGAGCUGACCUACCGCCUGCCCUCGUCACCUAGUUCCGAUCCCAGCGAUCUAACCACUCCGAAAAGUCAUCCUUUAGCCGGCUUUUAUCCGCCACACCAGACAGUGCAGUUUCCCAACUCGCAUUCAGGUUCCUCGGAGUCUGUCGAGGAUCAGCGGGAGCAGGAUCACGAUCAGGCUGUACACCUACGAACACCACAGAUCUACGGCCAGGCCUCUAAGUAUCAGACGGCCAAGCUGCCGCCGCUCUUGAUCUAUGCGGGGGCCAACGACGAGGACAAGUCCUUUGUGCAGAGCGAACCUCUCGAGGAGACGGUGUAUCGUUACUCGGAACCGGAUCCGCUCUAUGUGCACCAGAAUCCCAUAGAUGUGCUGCCAGAUAAGCAGCAGGAGCAGCAGCCGGAAAUUGAGUUAGUAAUUGGAGAGCAGGAGAGGAAGGGUAGCAGCCUGGAGCAACCGGAGUUGGUUACCACAGCAGCGCCUUCUACUACCACAGAAGCUAUUGAAGCCUCUUCCAGCUCAACAACAACAACAUCAGCAAUCACACCCCAUGUCAACCCCACAACCAGCAGCACCAACUUUGUGUCCACCUCCACGCACUUUAGUCCGCUGCGCUCCCUUAGUCGCUAUCGAACCACCCCGCGGAUAACAGCUGGCAAGUCCACCACCACCACGACUUCCACGACCACAGAGCCGCCUAUUAGUAAGUGGGCCAAGCGCCGCAAGGAGGAGGACAGCAAGGCCAAGAGCAGUCUGCGCCACGAGGCCUUUAUAGCCGCCAGCAGCACAACGACAACGACAACGGAGGCGGCAGCCACUCCUCCGCCCAGGCCAGUAGUCGAGGUGCUCACCCAGAAGUCAGUCAGCCGAUCGGUGAGCAUCAAGGUGGGCGAGAAUGGCGAGGAGAUACCUAUACUCGUGGACGACGAGGAGAACGAGGUGAAGCCAGUAGUGGUUACCCCCAAACUAUGAUAUUUUCCCAACUACAAUCAUAAUCCUAGCCAAGUAAGCUCUAGCCCCCCAAAUACAUACAUAUAUAACCUUUAGCUUGUGUUAU